UAAACAUUUCAAUGGAGGGCGUAUUGAUGACGCAGCCAAUAAGAUUUCAAUCUAAUUUUACAGAUGAGAUACCCUUUGACUAACAAUCACAGCUUUAUAUGCCACCCAUUCCUUCCAAGCCAUCAUUUCCAGUACAAGGAAAUACAGAAUACGACAAGGCAAAUAGACCGGAGUAUAUCCCAAACAUUUUUUAGGGAGGAUUAUUCUUUUGUUAAUGUAGUUAGCACAUGGAAAUGCGUUUUACGCAUGUUUACUCUUGCUUCCAAGGCGCAUUGCAUUAAGGAUACAGAACAUGAUAUGUUUCACAUUUUGGACACCAAUGACACGGUUGAAGAAAUCCAAGUUGCCUGUGACCGUUUCAAAUCCACAUUCCCAAGUUUUGAAUUGCAUAAGGGAAGGCUGCUUCGGGAUUUAUUUAAUAGUAUAAGAACAAAGAGUUCAUUAACGCUUCAUAAACUAGAACUUUUGAAGUGUAUGUUACAGGGUUUUGAAAAUGCUGCUGUAGAAGAAGCUAUCUACCAUUCAAUGAACUGCUGUGACAAGAUAGAGGAAGCAACCCUUCUUUUGGUUAUAUUUAACUCUAUAUUAAUUACCCCGAACAAUCAUGUUUUGCCACCUAUUACGACUCUACAUAAUCUCUAUAAGGAGAGCCAUGUGGAUCCUAAUGAUGCAAUAUUAUCGUUUAAAAGAAAAAUGUACAGGGAAGAGAUUAAUCGUAUAAUUGAUAUUCAAAUUAAAAAUCACUGUAGAAUUAACGCGAGAUGGCAAGGAGAAUCUAGUGUUCUGGGUUCGGAAAAAAGAGGUGACGAUCUGAUACACGGUUCAAUGUCACACUCUAAUACUCCACUCCAUGUUUCAGCUGAAGGUGAAAAUCCCUCAUCUUUUGCUGUAGAUGUAAAUAAAUUGUCUAUUUUCUUGGACGAAGUGAUAAGAUCGGAACCACCAAAUUCCGGAUGGGAUCUUUUACUUCUUGAUAAAACUGAAUGUUACAAGUUCUAUAGAGAUGCCCUGGAUAAAAAAUUAGCGUUUAUCCGGGAUGAGUCUGUCAGUUCUCAUGAAAAUAGUUUUAAAAAACAAGAAGGAACACCAAAACUAACGAUGUUAGCUUCUUCGCGUCAACACCAAUUGCAACAUGUUUGUCAAUGUGUUAUGAUGUGGGAAACGAAGCAAAUUGAUAACAUCCAACGUAUGAACGAUUUGUUAACUUUAGGUUCGAAUAUCAACUAUAGAUCUGUUCUCCCCUUGCAGAAAGCAAAUGAAGAUGUAGUACAAUCCCUUUGUCGAGAUGUUUACAUUGAUCCCGACGAUAACCCCGAUUACGAUCCUCCUGAUAGUAACGUUUCCGGUAAAAUGAUGCGACAGAUGAUCCAUAGUAAAUGCGAAAACAAACGUUCGUUCGUUCCUACCGAUUUGGAGACCAGAAAGGAUGAGCUAGAAAAGUUAGCUAAGGAUUUUGAGCCCUAUGACCACUUAACGCCGGAGGAGUUGUCUGAUGUUUUUUUAAAGAAUACUAAAAAGGAGUAUGAACUAGCGGUGGCUACAUAUAAAAGACGUAUCAGGAACAGAAGUGUAGAGGAUUAUGAAGAAAAACGUGAAUUGGAAGCAGGCAUUAGAGACCUAGAGGUAGAAGAGGUGGCGAAACGCAAGAGGCCGGAUGGGAAUAUGGUAUCAGAUGUGUACAAUAAAACCAGAGGUGAAUGCCUCACAGAAUUGUUGUAUUUUAUAUCUCUCUUGGAACAUUUACAAUGGCAUUUCUUCGCUUCCGUUAAUCUGCCAAUGGAAUCUUUGGUUGAUGUCAAGGAAAUAGGGUAUUCACCUACAAAUCCUAGAGUGCCAGGUAUAAAGUUUGGUGAUCCUCUAUGUGCAGAAGGAUCUAUCCAUUCUAAGUACUUCUUGUCAGAACGUGGUGGAGCCUCGAUUGUCAGAAAGUGUCUUACCGUUGGAGGCUUACAUAAUACCAAAGCUGACGCGAAACAGGGCAAUCAACUUUUAUUAUUUGGUGACGAUCCUUUAUUUUUUGUCAAGGAUCAAGAAAUGUUACAACAUAUGUUACAAUGUGGUAUUGGACUAGAGAUUCAUUCUAAGGUUCCAGGAUUUGUUUUGCCUUCAGAGCCGACAGAAUUUCAAAAGGAUACUUCCUAUUACCGACUUAGCACAACACAGCCGCAAUGUCUAAUUAUAUGCUCUAACUGCGGGUAUAAUAUUUUCUCACAUUCCAUUAAAACUCACGACGGAGAAAAACUUGAUGGAAGGGAAUAUGACAUUCUGGCAUCAAAUGAUGAUGCCAAGUGUCCAAGUUGUAACGGGUCUGUCAAUAUAAAUCAUGAAUAUUGGAUAACGGGUUCAAGAGGCUAUUGUUAUGAACCGUAUCCAACACCCAUUGCAGAUGAACUAUAAUGAAAAUAAUUGUUAUAUUCAAAAAAUCCUUUUCGUAA